UCAUAUUGUCCUUUGUUUGAAUGUUUUCUGGUAUGAAAACAAAACGAACCUGAUGAACUGAAAUGCGUGAUAGUCGCGUUUCUUGAGUGUUGAAUCGCUGUCAGUGGCUUAUGUCUUGUUUACAUCGCAAACAACUCUUUAACGUUCAGCUUUAUUAGGUACUGAACUGAGAUGAUCUGCUGGCCGGUCCACCUCCUCUAAAAUAAUGCAUCAUCAAUAAAAAUGGGAGGCAGCGGAUCCAAAACUAAAGGAGUCUGGCCUUUUACCAGCUCUGGAGCUGGAGGAGAAGCUCCCGGUGAGGUCAGUGAACAGUGUUUAGCGCGUCUCCGAGGCUCCAAGAAUGCGACACCAUUUGUCUUCACAAGGAGAAGCUCCUUGUAUUUUGAUGAAGAUGGAGAUCUGGCUCAUGAGUUUUAUGAGGAGACUGUGGUGACCAAGAAUGGCAGAAAGAAAGCCAAGCUGAAAAGGAUUCAGAAAAACCUCAUACCUCAGGGAAUCGUUCAUUUGGAUCACCCACGAAUCCACGUGGACUUCCCUGUCAUCCUGUGUGAAAUAUAAGCAAACAGACUCUUUAGGAAGUGACUCGGCUGUAGGAGCGCCACGGCCACCCUCGACUUCCUUCCACCUUUGCUGUUCCUCUGUCAGGACGCCACAUGGCUCUCUGUUACGACAGGGAGGGCGUUUGCCCUUCAGCUGGCUUUGACCAAAAAGUUGAAUCAUAUUUCCUGAUUAGCAUUCUGGUGUAUAGACAGCAGACGUACGUCGCUCUGUCUUCUGUGAUGUACAGUAAGGAACGCAUGUGCAAUGAGAGUGUGUAAGUAAGGAACAAUGCAGGGAUUGUACAUAAAUCACGUGUUUGUUAUUGUGCGUGUUUAUCAUUCUAUUGUAUAUUAUGAUAUUCUGUUGUAUCAAAGUCUGACUCUGUUUGUUUGUUGGGUUGCAAGCCACAUCUGCACUUGUAAUCGUUUAUUGUACAGUAAAUUAUGAGUUAAUAUAUUUGAAUAAAAUGGUUUAGCAGAUUA